AUUUUUCUAUAAAUGGACUCUCCAUCUACUCUCCACCUUCGUGACAUACCUGUCUCAGAAGAAGAGAGAAAAAGGCUUGGCAGGUAACAAUGGCGGAAGUGAGCAACAAGCAGGUGAUUUUCAAAGACUACGUCUCUGGUUUUCCUACAGAUGCCGACAUGUACAUGACCACUUCCACAAUGAGCCUCAAGGUUCCAGAAGGUUCCCAGGCCGUGCUGGUGAAGAACCUCUACUUGUCCUGCGAUCCCUACAUGCGCGCCCGUAUGACCUACACUCACACCAGCUACAUCGGAUCCUUCAAGCCCGGUUCUGUUUUAAAUGGAUUUGGAGUGGCAAAAGUUUUGGACUCUGGGCAUCCCAACUUCAGCAAAGGUGACUUGAUUUGGGGGUUCACCGGAUGGGAAGAGUACACUCUUAUGACAUCAACAGAGACUCUGUUUAAGAUUCCCACCACUGAUGUGCCCCUUUCAUACUAUAUAGGGAUUCUUGGUAUGCCCGGUAUGACUGCUUAUGCUGGUUUUUACGAGAUUUGCACUCCUAAGAAGGGGGAAUAUGUCUAUGUUUCAUCUGCAUCAGGAGCAGUGGGUCAGCUUGUUGGGCAGUUUGCAAAGUUGUUAGGUUGCUAUGUUGUUGGAAGUGCUGGAACGAAAGAAAAGGUUGAUCUAUUGAAGGACAAGUUUGGGUUUGAUGAUGCUUUCAACUACAAAGAAGAGCCAGAUUUGGCUUCAUGUUUGAAGAGGUACUUCCCUGAAGGUAUUGAUAUUUACUUCGACAAUGUUGGGGGAGAGAUGCUUGAUGCAGUGCUCCCCAGGAUGAGAUCCCAUGGCCGCAUAGCCGUCUGUGGGAUGAUUUCACAGUACAAUAUGGAGAAGCCUGAGGGUCUAUGCAACUUGAUUUCUAUCAUCAUAAAACAAGUUAAAAUACAAGGGUUUCUGGUCCGGAGCUACUACCACCUCUAUCCCAAGUACAUGGAGAUGGUUCUGCCCCACAUCAAGGAAGGGAAGAUUGUGUACGUGGAAGACACAGUUGAAGGCCUUGAGAAUGCUCCACAGGCUCUUAUUGGCCUCUUCUCUGGGGCCAAUGUUGGAAAACAGGUCGUAGUAGUUUCUAGGGAAUGAUUUGUCUUAUUCUUACAUCUUUUUCUUAUGGACUUCAUGGAAUAUUAUCCAUACUAAUUCUCCUGCUGCUCUCCUCUUCAAAAAAUAACACAUAAUGUUAUGUGCA